UCCUCGGAAGAGGAAACUUCGCGGCCCAAGUAACGGGAUCGGGGAAAGCCAGGGCCUGAACCUCGGGAGCCCAGGUCCAGGGUGCCAGAGGCUGGGACGUGGACCGACCGACCCGACAGCCGGCGGACCUGAGCCUUGGCAGGGCGGGAAGGAGAGGGCGGAGGCUCCGAACUUGCCGGGCAGUGAACGGAAAUAAGCGCGGACCUGGAGAGGGGAGACUACAGCAAGCAAGCUAGGGGCCGGGACAGCCGCCGGCAGGCGGUACUGCGCCUGGACGCAGGGCCGGGACAGCGGCCGGCAGGCGGGACUGCGCCUGGACGCGGGGCCGGGAGAGAAGCCGAGUUGGGAACAAGCCCGGAACCCGAAACCAGACCGGAGCUGGGGAAAGGCCCGGACCUGAGGCGUGCGCUGGAGGGCGGGGCGGGGCAGAACCGCAACCUAAGCUGGAAAGAGAACCUGAGCUGGGAGAAGGGACCGAGAGAUCCCGAGAGCCAGAGACGGUGCGGGAGCCAGGGCUGAUCGAGAAGAGGAGGCUCGUCUUCCAGGACCCAGCUAAGGGCUGAGCCGGCCCCAGGGAGGGCGACGGAGGCAGGGCAGGGCUCCAGCUGCCGCGUGGAUGCGGGGGCGAAGAAGGGGGCGCCACCGUCGCGGAGGGCCGGACCAUGGGCUGACUGCCAUCGGACGUCGCCCCCGGCGCCCAGAAUGUCGGUGCACUACACCCUCAACCUGCGCGUCUUUUGGCCGCUGGUGACCGGCUUCUGCACGGCCCUGGUCUGUCUCUACCACAUCCUGAGCGGAAGGGGCGGCUCUGCCGCGCCCCAGGACGGCGAGGACGCCGGCUUCCCGCUGCUCAAAGCGAUUCUCUUGCUGUUCUUGGGCUACCUCCUCUUGCGUUUUCGCCACGCCGCCCGGCAGCGCUUCCUGCCUCGAGCCCCCCACCAGGGGCUCGCCCCGUCCUCUUCGAGACCCCUCCAGGAGCCAGGCCUCAGUGUUUUACUGGAGAGUUACUACGAGCACGAAGUUCGCCUGUCCCCUCAUGUGCUGGGCCACAGCAAAGCGCACGUCAGCCGCAUCGUGGGCGAGCUGGUCCGUGCCGGCCGGGCCAGGGGAUCUCCAGGCCCUUCUCCCGGAGGAGCCCUAGCUCUGGCCUUUCGGGGAGACUUCGUCCAGGUGGGCAGCGCCUACGAGCAGCACAAGAUCCGCCGGCCCGACGGCUUCGACGUGCUGGUCCCCUUGCGCCUCCCGCCGCUGGUGGCGCUGGAACCUCGGGGCCUGGGCUCCGAGCCCGAGCUGCCCCCGGCGCUUCGUGGCUGCUUCGUGUGCACCCUCAAGGCCCCACCGCCCUCGCCUUCUGGUGGAGCUGGAAGCCAGUGGCACCGGGACUCCAAACCCUUCUCCGACGGGUUCUGCGUGGACCUGCGGGGCCGGCGCCACCUCUCUGCGGCGCUCGUGUCGCGCUGGUUCCAGGCGCAUUUGCAGCGAUGCCUCGCCACGGUGCGGUACAGCUUGGAGGAGCGCUGCCGGGUUAGCUUAUCUCCCGGGGGCCUCGACCAACCCCCCACCCUGCACAUCCUGCCUUGCCGCACCGACUACGGUUGCUGCCGGCUCUCUAUGGCAGUGCGCCUUAUCCCCGCUGUUCACUUGGGCGAUGGGGUCUUCUUGGUGGCACCGCCCCUGCCUCCCCCCGGGCCCCCGUCGGAGCUCCCAGGGGGGCUGAGGGUUGAGGCACUGUGGGGCCUGAACACGGCUCGCCAGGAGCAGCGGCUGCUGGGCUGGCUGCAAGAGCGAGCCCCACCCGGGGCUUGUCACCUUAAAUGCCUGCAGUUGCUAAAGGCCCUGAGGGAUCUGGGCGCACGAGGGCUGGACCCCGUGGCCUCAUCGCAGUGGGGGCGCAUCCUGUCGUCUUACACGCUCAAGACCGCGCUUCUGACUCUGCUGCUUCGCGGGGACCCUUUGCAUAGUUGGGAAGAGGUCCGCUUGAGAGAGAGGCUGGAGGAGCUGGUGCUCUACCUGCGGGACUGCUUGCUCCGCCAGCGGCCUCUUUUCCACUGUCUUCUGGGCCCGGACGGAGCCGUCGGACUCACAGCCGAGAUCGGCCCGCUGCCCAAAGUGCUGCGCGAGGCCGCCCCGGUUGACCUCCUGGCCUCCUUCGACGGCCGCGCCCGGGAGUUCGUGGCGGCGCGACUGGUGUCCACGUGGCGCCGGCUGCCCCAGCUUCUCCGGCCCUACGGGGGACCCCGCUACCUGGCCAGGAGCCCCCAGCCCCGGAGCCCGCGGGUCCAGGGUUUCCCGGAGCACGAUCCCUAAGACCGCAAAAAUGCCUUCACCUGACCACU